AUGGAAACAGAGGAAGAAGAAAGAAGAGGAAGGGAAGAGGAAGAAGAGGUAAAGGGGAUAGAAUGCGGCGUAAUCCCAACGGAAUUAAAAUUCAUCGAAAGUUUAGAGUUAGAAAUGAGCGAAAAGUGGAGAAAAAGUGAAGGUUUGGAGUUUGGUUUUUCAAACAAUAAGGCAGAGGACUCUGUUUCCUUGUUGGGAAAGUCGUUUGAGCAGUUAAAAAACAGGAUGAAGUUUGAAACUUGUAAAGCAGAAGAUUAA